AACGCUUUGCAGCACUGUCGUCAGUUUUGGAUUUGUUUUUGUGACACAGAUAUUUUUUUGUUUUAUUGAUGAAGUUGAUAAGAAAAUACAUACUAAUAAUAUACGGGCAAUAUCAACACUACAAUGAAUAGCCGAUCAAGUUCGUGCGUUUAAUUGAAUAUAUAGCGCCAAUACACGGCGUUCACUGCGGCCACCGAAUAAAAGUUGAAGCAUGCCAGCGUCACAGACAAUUUCUGCUGCUGCUGCCAUAACCACGGCUAGUGUGCCCAACAGCGAUGCGAACGCUAAUCCAGCAACAACUGCAGCGAGUGCAGCAGCAGCCAACAACAGCAGCAGCAGCGGUCGCCAUCAGCUGCGACCGGUUAAAUAUGAUUAUGCGGAUUCUUUUGCCUGCACGUAUGUUGUAUCGGUUGUUGCUGCCUCUGUUGCGGAACUGGCCACAUAUCCGUUAGAUCUGACAAAGACGCGACUGCAGAUCCAAGGCGAGGCGGCCAGUGUGGCCACCAUUGGCGCCGUCAAAUCAAAUAUGCAAUAUCGCGGCAUGGUCGCCACCGCCUUUGGCAUUGUACGCGAGGAGGGCGCCAUCAAAUUGUGGCAGGGCGUGACGCCGGCGCUCUACAGACACGUCGUCUAUAGCGGGGUGCGGAUCUGCAGCUACGAUCUGAUGCGCAAGGAGUUCACUCAAAACGGAAGUCAGGCGCUGCCCGUGUGGAAGUCGGCGAUAUGCGGUGUGACAGCUGGUGCCGUUGCUCAAUGGCUCGCCUCGCCCGCUGAUCUGGUCAAGGUGCAGAUCCAGAUGGAGGGACGACGCCGGCUGAUGGGUGAGGCGCCGAGGGUGCAUGGCUCGGCGCAUGCCCUAAAACAGAUCAUUCAGCGUGGCGGCGUCAAGGGUCUGUGGAAGGGCAGCAUACCCAAUGUGCAGCGUGCCGCACUUGUCAAUCUCGGUGAUCUGACCACAUACGAUACGAUCAAGCAUCUGAUCAUGCAUCGCCUCCAAAUGCCCGACUGUCACACGGUCCAUGUGCUUGCGUCCAUCUGUGCGGGCUUUGUUGCGGCCAUCAUGGGCACUCCAGCCGAUGUGGUUAAGACCCGCAUUAUGAAUCAGCCCACCGAUGAAAUGGGCCGUGGUCUGCUCUAUCGAGGAUCUGUGGAUUGCCUGCGCCAGACUGUUGCUAGGGAGGGUUUCGUGGCGCUCUAUAAGGGUUUUUUGCCCUGCUGGAUCCGGAUGGCGCCUUGGUCGCUCACCUUUUGGCUGUCGUUCGAGCAGAUACGCAAAAUGAUUGGCGCUUCAAGUUACUGAGUAACUUGGACAAACUUUAGCUAUUAAGUCACAGUUCAAGAGUUUGGGCAUAAAAUGAGAAUCAAAACUAAAUGCAAUCGAUAUUUUAAAAAGAAACAAAAUAUAUGUAUACAUAUAUAUUUAAUGUUAAUUCUACAUUAUAUUUAGUUGCUUUGUGAGGCAAAGUAAAGAAGUGCUAUUUUUAAUGGCACAACUACUUUCAAGACUGUUUUCUAUAUGUCUCCAAAUUCUAUUUGGGAAUCACUCUAAACUCAAAGCUAAUCAGCUAAAGUCAACGAUUUCAUAUACAUCGUCUAAUUCAGUAAUAUGUGGAUAUGAUCGCAGAAAAAUAAUAUUGUCUAUGAAUAAUAAUUGUAUUUCUGUGUGUUUUCAAACAACCCUUCGAUAAUUGUGUGGCGAAAUUAUAGAUAUAUAACCUAUAAUCAUGUGUACAAAUAGACUCCGCAUUUUAUACAUAAUCAACAUGUCUGAAAUAAAAAUUGAACAUCUGGCAGUUGAUGUUGGGCCAAUAACAUCCGGGAAAGACAAAAAAUGACAGUGAUCAUGAUUGAGGAGAAAAGCCUUUCAAACUCUUUUGAAAAAGCAUACUUGAAUAAAUGGAAAUAUAAAUUAA